AUGGAGCGGUUCCGGAGUAUGCUGUCUGGUGGUGGCAUGGGUGGCCUUGGAGCUGCACCUGGCACGGACAACACCAACCUCAUCGACAACUCUGAGACCGUCUACAUCUCAUCACUCGCCCUCCUCAAGAUGCUGCGACACGGUCGAGCAGGUGUACCCAUGGAGGUCAUGGGACUGAUGCUGGGAGAGUUCGUGGAUGACUUUACAGUGCGCGUCGUGGACGUGUUUGCCAUGCCUCAGAGCGGUACCGGCGUCAGUGUUGAGGCUGUCGAUCCUGUGUUCCAGAUGAAGAUGAUGGACAUGCUGCGGCAAACGGGCAGGCCGGAAUCAGUCGUUGGCUGGUACCACUCUCACCCCGGUUUUGGCUGCUGGCUGUCCUCGGUUGAUAUCAAUACUCAACAGUCUUUUGAGCAGUUGACCCCUCGUGCCGUCGCCGUCGUCGUCGACCCCAUCCAGUCAGUAAAGGGCAAGGUCGUCAUCGACGCCUUCCGCCUGAUCAACCCGCAGUCCCUGAUGCUGGGCCAAGAGCCCCGCCAGAGCACGUCCAACCUGGGCCAUCUCAACAAGCCUUCCAUCCAAGCCCUCAUCCACGGGCUCAACCGCCACUACUAUUCGAUCGGCAUCAACUACCGCAAGACUGCGCUCGAGGAGAACAUGCUCAUGAACCUGCACAAGCACGUCUGGACAGAGGCGCUCGAGAUGGACGACUUCCGGUCCGAGGGCGAGAGGAACAAGGAGAGGCUCGAGAGGCUUGUCAGCCUCGCCGAGGGCUACGAGAAGCGUGUCAAGGAGGAGACGGAGCUCACCAAGGACCAGCUGAAGACGCGCUACGUUGGCAAGCUGGAUCCCAAGAAGCACUUGGAGGAUGUCGGCCAGCAGCUUAUCGAGGACAACAUCGUUGCUGUGUCAAGACAGAUGAUCGACAAGGAGGCUACCAUGCCCAAGAAGGAGCAGGCCGGCAAUGCCAACGGCCACUCAACUGCGGAUCAAAUGGACGUGGAGGAGGAGCUAUGA